AGCCUCCGGGUUCCGGCGGCGGGCAAAGCGAAAGUAGUCUCUGCGCGCGCCGGAUCGAACGCAACGGCGCGCACCUGCCUGGGAUACGCGUUCCGCCGACGCUCGAGCGCACAAACGGUGUCCCGGGAAUGCGCGUCAGGUGAGCGCGUAGUGUGUGUGCCUGCACCGCCGACCCACCGUCCAUCUGCACCAGAGCGGCCUCACUCGUUCUGCGAAGAUCGCCCGGCGGGUCGCGGGAGAGUGCGUACAUCGAGAAAAAAAGGCCGAGAAGGUUGGAAGGCAUCGGCAGCAUGUGGUUUCGGCGGCCGUCGCAAGUGCUGUGCCCUUUGCGGGCGGCGGCCACCUGUUCCACGGCGCCGGCCUGAGCCCCGGUCGUCUUUGAUGCGCAAACAAGCUUCGACACACUCGGCAACAAAGGGUUGGGAAUGUGCCAGCUCGUCGACGAUCGGGGAUUAGGAGGAGACCAGAAGCCAAAGCCAACGCGACUUCGUUCCCCGAUGGACGGCGCGAGUGGCUCUAACUGGACGGACGUCAGCGACCAGGAAGCCGGCGGUCCGUUCUCGUCGGCCGCGGUGACGGCGUCGGUGUCGGGCGGCACGGGCUUGUCGCUGUCGACCAGCUCGACGCCGUCGCCGUACCUGUACCACGGCGGCCGAGUGCUCUACACCACGUCCACCCUGACACCGGAGGCGGCCCGGUCGCAGUACUACGCCGCCUACGACCCCAUGACGGGGCUUCGCAUCGCGGCCACCCUCGGUGCCAUCAUCACGCUCUUCACACUUUUCCUCAUCUACAAGAGCAAGUGCCGGCCUGCCAAGCCCACGGAGCCCCAGGAAGGCGUCUAGCAGGCGAAAAUGGGGGGGAGGGCACCCUAUGUGGUCACCGCCCUGCAGGCACGCACGCGCAGAGUAACAACGUUCACGUACCGGGUCCCUUCAGCGUAUACUUGGAAUCAAUAAGCGCGAGUUACAGUCGGCUGCGCAUUUUUUUAGAGCGCCAAAGGUUCCCAAGAGUCAGUCACGCUUGAUGAGAGCUGAUCCCGGUUAUCUCAAUGAGUUCCUCAAUGCAUCACGAAUGCGCCACGUCUGCGAAUGAAGCCUGGUCACACAAGAAAAGUCUGGAAUUGCAUCUGGCAAAUCCGGUGCCUACUAUCAUACGUGGAACAUUGACGUGAAGAAUAAUACCCUUUUGUACUUCGAUAAAGAAGUAAGAGUUGGGUAUCACCUAACUCUUCUUCCUGAUAGCGAGUGUUCUUGAGCAUCUAAGCGAGGCUUUUUCUUUCUUUCUUUUUUUCUUGUUCCAUAAACCUUACGCAAACAAUGGAGUCAUCUGCACCCUAAAUAUACGUAUUUAGGGUGCAGAUACGUAUUUUAGGGCGUGCUAGAUACGUAUUUUUUCUCUUAAAUUCUUCACAGGCAUACGUUCAUGCGUGGAGCGCGUUUGCUGUUGAUAGAAAUCCAGUUGUCGCCGCAUCCCACCCUGCGUAUUCGUAGCAUAGCGUGUGCGGAAAUUCUGCUAGGGGUCCAAAAGCUAAAGUUUUGCAAGAAGUACUUUUGUAUCCAGGUGUUGGCUUGCGCCUUUGAAGAACGCAAACUUUGGCUUCGGCUAAUGUUGAGAUUCAGAAAGAAAGCCUAUUUUUGUUCGCAAGCUUAUCUCUGGCAAGAGCAAAGAGCGGUAAUCCUGCGGAGCUCUGCGCUCGUCCAGCAAACAAUGUGGCCAGCCUUAAUGACUGGUGCCGAGCGCGUGUGUUUACAGAUUGGCAGUACAUGUUAUGCAGUACCUUCUUUAUUAUUUAUUUGUGUAUAUCUUGAUAAAUGUUCUUGUCAUAAAGCAGGUCUUAUUUCGAUCGGCUUAGGUGGUCAACCUCUCAUUCUCGCUAUUGUCCCAACACCAUUUGUGCCAUCUAUUUGCAUGGCCAGACAUGACAAAACUGUGCAUGUUUCCUGCUGGUUCGUCGAACGCUAGGGCACCCUCAGCGUAUGCGGCGCUAUCCGAAUUACAAAAUGUUGCCUGUAGUAGAAGCUUCGCGUUGUUCGUAAUUUAUACAACAAAACAGAUUUUGCUCGUGCGCACACAUUCAAGCCGCAAUUUUCAUGGAGGAAAUGUCGUACGCAAAGCGCAAAGGCCUCAAAGAGAACUACUUUUCACAGCAGGCACAAUUGGCCGGCUCAGUUUUACGUACUCCCACUCGCUAAAGUUUUAGGAAUAGGAAAGCUGCAAGGAAAUUCAAAUACUACGCCGCCUACGCAUGUAUCCCAGAUCUGUGACGUGCUUCACGCUCUGAAGUCUGGUGCAUACGCCGUGGACUUCCUGUCCUGACUGUAUACGCUUAAGCUGUGAAAUGUUUAAGCCUCUCCGCACGGUUUCUGCAUUGUGCACGCCCUUGUGAGCAGAUGUUUACAUCUUGGCUAUGGGUGUCGAGCUCAAGCCAUCAUCACAGCCAGUCAGUCUAUGCUAAUUAAGGCGCGACUUGAGUCUUCACAUCACAUCCCAGGCGCAGAUUUGUCAUUGCCUGCAUAUACAAUGCUCAAUACCCUGCAUAAUGUACGCUAUACGCUUCAUUUGCAUAGCAAUAGUCGUUAAAGCCAGGAGCUUGUGUUGAAAGCUCGUCUGAAUUCAUCUAAGGGGUUCCCAGUGGUGCGAAGACUCGAUGCGUGUGCCUAUUGUCUACAACUUUGGCCUUCUGUCUGCCAUUUUUCAAACCAAUGUGGCGCUCAAUGGUUUGUCAAAACAUAGCUGGUGAUUCCUUUCAGCAAGCGGGAGCGUCAAAAGCGCAUGUGCCAAUUAUUUCUGAGCGAUUGUUCGUGAAUUACUUAGUGCAAACGAAAAUAAUAAUAAAAGAAAACGAGGUCGUUCUCGUUCGUCGUUAUUCGAAACAUUCAGGUAUAUACGUUGUUCAAAAACGACGUGCGUGUAUGGCUGAACGAACGUAUGAGAACCAUCUGGUACAUCAGUUCUAAACACAUUUCCAGACGAGCCCUUUACACUUAAAGUGUCCUUGUUUUUUUUUUUUUUCGGUCGGUGAGGGAUUCUUUGUUCCUGUUGUUGGAAUUAAUUGGGUUAUUUGGCACAAUAGACUUUGGUAGAUUCCCGCUGCUUGACACGAAAUUUGCUCAUGGUCAACAAACAGGAAUCACCACAGCGCUCAUCCCGCAUGAAGAAGCUUUUUUUUGUUUUCUCUCCCGAAAGUACAACUGAACGAUCUGGGAAGGUGCUGUAAGGAUCCGGUGGACCCACUCGUUAAGAACUAGAUCGCUUGGCGAAACAAUACGUUCAUUAAUGCAAGCCAAACUUGGAUUAAUGUAGUGUAAUGCAUCACGUACUUACUUUGUGCGCGUAAACACAAAGUGAGUGCGUGAGUCUCUCCCACCCUUCAGACUCAUUUGCCUGCGGAACCAGACUCCCAGGUCACUCGAGGAGAAGGAUUUACUUAGAAAGCAAUCGCAUGCUUUGCUGUGACAAGGUGUUGUCGAGAAGGAGAUGUAUUCGAUGUUACGAAUAAGAAAACAUUUAUUUGUGUCGAUGCUUACGAAGCUCGACCAUUCUGGUUUCGCUGUCGCUCCAGACGAUGAUGAAAAAAUAUAUUUCUGACUUGCUGAACAUGUAUUGGCGUGACGUUUUAUGCCAACGCGCAGAUUACGUCGCUUGCUCACACUGGUAAACGUAGAACAGUUGAAACAGCGUCUAUUGGUCAUAUGCAUUGUCCCGCAUUCUCCUCCAAUCACAUGAUACCCUUGGCGGCAAGAGUAGUAAUCACUGGUUGAUGCAACAAACGGGCCGCAACAGACACACGUUUCUUCAGCAGACAUUGAACGUUGUAGCCGUUGAUCUGGCCGAGCUGGUCAAUGAAGCUCAAAAUCCACCCCUGGUGAGCUAAAGGGGUUGCCCGUACUGGCAGCAAUUCAAUGACGAUUGUACAUCUCGAUACGCCGCCGACUAUCAUUUAACAACUUAACUGCCGAUGACAAGGUAAUUCGUCGUGAACUUUCCGCAAUUUUUGCACAUACAUGUGUAUAGUAUGUGCAGUUUCUUGCGAUUUUCACAAAUAAAUAAUGCACGCUGACUUUUGAUUUUUCUUGCAGUAAGAACAUUAAAAAUGCAAUAGACAUUCCUGGUAUCAUAUAUUUUAGAAAAAAGCAUUGGCGCGAGACAUGCUGGUCUAGAAAAAAUGCGCACUUUAAAGAAAACUCAAAUUUCUCAUGGCAGUUAAAUGGUUAACGCGAACGGGCCUUUACAAUUCCAAUGAAGUGUGGGUGCGUGUGCGACAAGGAUAUAAAAUACGUAAAGUACUCAUUUCGUGAUAUAAUGUGACGCGAUAUAAUGUGACUCACCACACAAAGCUCUACGUGCUCAUAUGUUCAGGCAAGCUCAGAUGUGCGCAAACCAUGGGCGACCACACAAAUUCAUUAGUGCACACUCGUCGAGGGACCCGGUGCGAGACGACGUGCCCUCAACCGCUGCAGCCUGUUCCUUCCCCGCGCCGCGUGACGUCAAAGAAACACUCGUAUGUGUGCGCGUGUGUGUGACUGAGCGUGCCCUCCUCUGACUAUAGGUGUGAUCGGUGUGUCAUGUGUUUUAACGCACGCUCCCUGCAUUGACGCAUGUGUGACCGCAAUAUAUGAGUGUGUGUGCUCGUCUGGACGAAUUGUUGUGCUGUUGUAUACAUCCACGGCGUGGAUGGCGACACCGGCAGACCGCGCCUUCUCAAAGCUCAGUUAUUGGCUUGCUGAACUAAACUGUUCUUGUAACGUUGACUUCCGUGGCGAUCAAUUUAAGGCUGUUCUUUUCAUUUCGCUUUGGUGAGUGCCCGUUGAACAAGUAUAGUCUUUAUUAGUAAGUAUAGGCUUUAUUAGUAAAGUUCUUCAACGCGACGGUUACUAUGCACGCUUGCAUUAGCUGAAUGAUUUCGUGUCAUUGCAGUGUUAACACCAACUUUUUACUAAACUAUAGACCUGCAUAGCCGCCAAGCAAAAUGUGAAUGGCGUUUUGUACGUAUACCGCAUGAUUUAAUGUAAAAGAAAAUUGUCCAGAACAGAGCUUCGAGAGUGAGCCUAAUUAAACCGACACUUUACUUACUCAAGAGCGUCACGUUGUGCUGAUCGUCAGCCGUUUCAUCGAUAUGUAUUCAUAAAAUGAAGUAUUUAGCGAAGGAUUAAUUACGCGACGCAUCGUUCUUACCAGGCCUGCAUCCUUUCCAAACAGCUCUAAGAAGAACAUUCUGUGGACUAAGUUUCGUUCCUGUAUAAUGCGAAAAUGUUGUUUCCGUGUGGUCGAAACUAUUUUCUCACUGUGUGAAAACAAAGCACAUGGCCAAGUGCGUUUUCUAUCUGAGGAAGCGAAAGACAGCAUGGCGCUCUUUUAAAGAUUACAAGCGAAAGGAUAAAACUGAGCUCAACUUCAGGAUUAGUUAUAGAGAGCUACAAAAACAACAGCAUGCCCUCCUUGGGUUCAAAUCCGUUUCAGUUUGGCGCCAGUCUCUCGCCGCAUCCACGCACCCACAAUACACUGCGGUCCUAAUAUUAUCGACUUGGCGUCCUUGGUUUGCCUCACAUCGAGACCUCAAUUCCUGAAGAGUAAUGUCUGCGCGGCAGUCCAUGCGGGAAAAGAAAACAGGCCAGCUGCGUACUUGGAUUAGGAAUCACCAGAGCCGAGUAAAAAAAACUGCGCCAAUCACGCAAAUGUACAGGGCGAACUGUCGUAAUUAUCCCUUCUAGAUUACGACCGCGCGUACGGUAACGGCGCUUCGUGUUUCUCAUUUUCAUUUUUCCGGCAAAGAUGAAACAAGAGAAAGAGAACGGCCGCGUUGGUUCCAGCUUUAUUAUGCAAAAUGCUAGACCGCCAUUAUCUGUCUUCGUUGCCAUUCUUUCCUUUUCCAUUUAUAUAUUCUUUUUUUUUUCGGUGACCCCGCAGAGUCCGUACAGUUAGCCAGCGUAUCUGGCUCCCUGACUUAUCGAUCUUUGCUCGUGAAGCCGCUAGGAAUUAAAAAAAAAGCAGAAAGUGCACGGAAAACCAAUGCAUUUUUUGUGCCCUUUCUGUUCGAACGACGGCACUCUUUUUUUUUUUUUUUUUUUUUGUGCUCCCCUAUAACCGCCGAGUUCUAGAUCCAGUUAUCCUCGUUAUAGUUCCCUGGAUUGCAUGUUUUACAACACUUGCUGACACGUAAAAAAAAGUACAGCGAGAGGAGACGGUGCCACGGAAAGCGUACUAAGUGCGAUUCAUCGCUUGAAAACGCCAAUAACCUUCCGAGUCGUUUACGGCACCCAGGAAUUUAAUAGUCUCUCGCUCUCUUCUUUCCUCUUUUUUUCUUUCUCUUUCUCAUGUGCAAGCUACGCUGAUCUCAUUACGAACCUCACUGCUAUUGUGAAGCGUUGUGCCGGAUACCGAGCGCAGAAGCGCAUGCUUCUCACGCAAACAACAGACGUGCACGCACGCACGCACGCAAAACAGAAAAAAAGACGGAGCUGUACAGAGAACACACUUCCAAUGAACGAGAGCGCUGCAAAUGUCUUCCAGCGCGCCAGUUCAGCCGUAUCCGCCCUUUUCAUUCAUUCUAUUUGCUCUCUUGUCAGCCUUGUUCGUGCUGAGCAACUUCUUACUUUGGCGCAAUUGCGUGCACCCCUCCUUUGCCUGCGCGCAUAUUUGCUUCUUUCGUCUACGGUUAACGCUGCGGAUGUUUACAACUGUCAGGAUAACGGGAGUUUUCUUAAUUAUUUAUCUCUCUCUCUCGCGCCAUUGUUUAGAGUUCCAACGUUCACCUAUCCAAUGCAUUUUCGUCGAAAACCGGAAAAUGAAAUUUGGGGAGCAGCGCGGCGUUGUGGGAUGGGGGAAGGGGAGGGGGGGGAUGUAUUAAUCCUGGAAGAAACAAACACCUCGGGGCUGUCAUAGCAACACGGAAGAUCUCGAGAAAACAAAUACCUUCGGGUCUGCGAGCGUAUAAAGAUAGAUAUGAGAAUAGAAACAGAAAGUGCUUAGGCAAAAGCAAAAGCUACAUGCACGGGCCGCCACGCACAAUCAAGCCAGCGAUAUGAAUGAGGGAAAGAAAAUGUUGCAGGGGAGGGGGACAAAACGCGGGGGGCUUGACAUUCCCGCAACCCUAAUCUAGCUGAGCAAGAUACUGUAUAAGCUGUCCUGUCCUGAAAAAAAAAACGCCUCUCUCCGGUUCGAUAUUUGCCACAGGCGUGCUCCUUCCGUGUGACUGUCGAACGGGAUCGUUUUAUCAGCACUAUACGUUGGCGUUAUACAGCGGAACAAAGCGUGUAGGUAGCUUUUUUUUUUUUUAGCCAUCAUACAAGAUGAGAAAAAUAAAGAAAUUCCAUUGUUUACGCUUUUGCCAAACCCCAAACCUCGCCGUUCCUCAUUUGUGCUACCCACUCCGCUAUCCCAUGCCUGCCGCGAUAAAUGAAUUAUGGCGCACGCAGGGUCCCUGCUCCAGGCUCGUUUCGAACGCCAUCCAAAGGGCAAGAAGAUUAUGUGCCGAGCGCAGCGUUAAAGAAGCAACCAGACCGUAAGGCAAGGACUUGAACGAAUGGAGCAACGAUAAAGAAGGUUUAACGACGAUAUAUCGCCAAACCCCGUCUGUUUCUGUUCACGAGGAGUCUCGAGCUUUCAGCGCAAGUGUGUUUUUCUUUUUUCUUCUUUUUUUUUCGCGCAUUUCAGCGGUGGUCGCGGAGGAGACGGCCAGGAAGAACUUGCGAAAUAAGAGAGCAUAAAUGCCCGCUCGCGCGGCCGGUCUCGAGGCGCGGUCUCGCCCUUGUCGCAAAAAAUUAUCCCAAUCUCGACGGAGGACACGCCUUCGUAAGCUGCCCACGAAGGGCACGACAAAAUCGGUACGCGCCGAAGGCAUCGCCGCGUUUCCCGCGCAAGUUAUGCAGAUUUUUUUACGAGCUCGUAAAAGCGCUCCUCCGCCGCGGCCGCACAGCUCGUAAACCCAACGCCCCUCCCCUGUCGCGGCGUGCGUCGGCUUACGCCCCGGUCUCGAGACAUCGUCGCCAGACGAAGACACUUCGAGGUGCCUGCGAGCAUGGAAGAAACGCGAACGCAGAAACCGCCUAUACGGCUGGCAGAGAAAGGCAUCGGUGGGGACACCGGAAAAGAAGAACACCGGAGGCUCGGCGGAAAAGGGUGGAUAUCGCGUGACACCUCCCGUAAAUUUGUUCCCCUGGAAAACGACGCUCGAAAGCGGUACGCCACGCGUUCCUUUGCCGCAAGCGCAGCGACUCGUCCUUUUGUGGUGGCUCAUCGAGCACCGCCGAAUCGGCCGUCCGCGUUUCCCUCGUGUCCCAUUCUUUCGGUGGAGAUGGCGUUUCCCUUUUACGUUGUGUUCCUCAUUGUGAAAUCGCGUCGCAAGGCAAUGGUUUCUCGGAGGAUUCGGUUGCUUUCUUUUGCCGCUGUUCUUUCUUUCCGUAUAUCUUUUUUCUUCUUAUAGUACUAUACGCUGUACCUCAGUGUGUGUAUGCAGAGCGUCGCUGUAAUAGACAGCAAAUGGGUUUCACGUUGCAAGUACCUCUCCGGACCUAUAAAGUGUCGACGAAAAUGUCGACAUCGCGUUUUUUUUUUUUUUUUUUUCUUGCGAGCGCUGCUUUUUUUUUUUUCGUGAAAAUGCACCGCUGUAAAACUGUUCAACUUAAGAUACAUUUGUCAAACUGCAAGAAAGAGCUACGGCUCCCACCGAAUAAAAUUUAUUUGAUUCACAUAACAUGGCAUCACAUAAAAUAGCAUUGCAAGGUAUGGUUUAUCGUGGAAAUUACAUUCGAUCGCCUAUAGUGCUCAAGUUCCAGUUAUUGUCUCGCAUAUAAGCAUAGUAAAAGUAGUUUAAACGCCUACUUAAUCUUGGAGCACCACGGAAGCACGUUAAUAAUCUGCUGACGACGAUAACGGCUUUCAACUAAUCACGAGCAACGUCCAGCAAGUUCUGCCCUGUGUCGCCAUCCGCGCCUCGUGUUAAACGUCGCACCUCACACGAACACCCAACCCGUGCGCAACAUGCGCCAUAGACCACGUGACAUGUACGCAAAGUUGCAUCUGCACAUACACACAGAUACCCGACAAAAUAAAAUAAAUAAAAAACGCAAAUUAAAAAAAAAGAGUCAGCUCUUCCCAAAUGAGAGCUGCGUAUGUAUUUUUGUAUGCUUGGCCCAACGAUGUUUCUUGGAGGUUCUCUCGUCGUGGCCUUUCCAAUAGUUGACGUUUGCCACGCGUGAUGGGGUCCAAGUCGUGUUAACGUCACUCUACUGUUUGUUUCUUCUGCCUGCGUUGCUAUUUGUAACUGUGGUUGUAAAGUUGUUGUUUCUACUCCACGAUGGCAUAGGAUGUUCAAGAAAAAAAAAAUAAACGUGUCACGGCCGCUCUG